CGAUGAUUGCCAUUGAGAAGUCAAUUUUCUACAUUCAUGUGACGUUCGUAACUGAGAAGCAGGAUUAAGGUUCAAAAUUUGAACCCAGCGUGCUUUAUACCUCCUUUGGUCUCCAUCGGAUCUGGAAAGUGUCAUCUGGUGAGUGGUAGACAGACAGUAUGGAAGGAGCGACAGAGCCCCGCUGUUCUUGUUGAUGUAUACAUUUUACCUCUUCGCUUUUUAACUUCUACACAACUAUCAUCAAAUUAUCAUAUUUGGCAUUCAAUCAUUACUACUACAAGUGCAUCGUAAGUUAUCCCUCUACAAAAAUACUGACAUCUAUCACUAAUUCAAAUAAACAGGCUCAUUCAUAGGUAUCAUUCCGUCAAACAUGGCAGCUCGCCGCGAAAAGCGAAAGCUGGCCAAAAAUCCACCCGUCACGAAAUAUAAUUUAGAUCCAACUACACCCAUCCAUCGACAGUCACUUGCAACUACCUCUGCUCCUGCUAUGGUCGAAACCAAGGAGCCCAAAUCCACUCCUCAAUUGCAUUAUGCCAUUCUCGAUCAACCACAAAGAUCUGAACUACCCCUGAACAGGAACAAGUCUGAACAUAAAGGACAAAGCGAUUGGAUGGUCCCAUUUUGCCAUAACCCAGUUGGUGAUCACAAAACUGCUUUCACGGGAAUAUUCGCUCCUUGUGUUCUAUAUGGAAAGACUCACCGGCGACUUAAACAUGUAUCUCUCGGUCGAGACCCACAUGAUUUCAAGUCUUCCGAUGGCUGCAACUCAAUGUGCUGGAUUCAUGGUGCUCUAACAGUUGCUUGUUGUCUGUCAAGCAAGUAUACACUGAUAUCAUAAUGCAGAAUAUGUUUGCUAACCAGCGGGAAUAGUUGGUCUUACUGUUAUUCAGCGUGCCCGGAUUCGUGCUCAAUACAGAAUUCAAGGGUCCAUGGGCAAUGAUAUCAUAAAAUCAUCUUUUUGUGGUCCCUGUGCUAUGAUGCAACAUGAUCGAGAGGUUCGUGCUAGAGAAGGCGACGUAGGAUUAGCAAAAGAUUUUGGUGGGCCACAAAUGUCCCAAAUUCAACCCAAAGCGCCGCAACCAAUGAGAUAUGCCUUGCCACGAAGCACUUCAGCUGAAGAUCCUCGGGUAGAGAAUAGGAUAUUCAAGCAAGGACAGAGGCGUUAUACAGAUUCUGAGCUUCAAGAGGUCCCUGCUGUAGCAGUAUCGUGUGCAGAAGGCACGAAUUGUCAGACAUCGAAUGGCCACCGCAGUGAAAAUUGCGUUGAGGCAUUAAAAGAUCAUAUGCUUAUGGAGCCAUAUAGGAGGGCUAUUAACUCUAGCAACGCUGGCGCAAAUGUUGCGAAGAUUGACGGUGCUACAUCUUCACAACAGAAAACCCGAGUAGGUUCUGAAAAAAAGAGUCUCGACACAGACUCACCGAUUCCUUCGCUCUACGAGCAUCAUUUGAAAGUGAAAGGUUGUGAGAAACUCUCUAGGAUGCCAGCAAGAGGACAUCUCUCCUACGUUCAUGAUUUCUCUGAUUAUUCUGCUACUAAGAUUGUUUUGGAUCAUUAUGCUGAGGAAGAAAGGCGAUUGCAAGAAAAAGGCAUCGUGCGCUGUCUCGCCCACUUUAGCAAAGAAAAAUUAAACCAGCUAGGCUCAAACAAUGCUGCUACACAGUCUAUCAGAUCUUCCAGUUCAAGCACGAUUCGGCAGCAUACCUCUCAAGAAGGUGCUGUUGAAACGCCGCCUUUGGACCUUGUCAACAAGUCUGGCACCGAUAGCUGCGCUACUGGAUCAGUCGAUGCUGCAUGGCUAUUAGAUUUACCAGCACAACAUCGAAUUUCGAGUUGUUCCGUUAUACCUGAGGACACUGCUAGUGUACAAAAAUCACCAAGACAACACCGAAUAGUCAGUUGUCCUACCACGCCUGGCACUCCUGUUACCGACAGCUCUGCCAGUUCCACAGCAAAAGAUCGCGCGCUGUACUGUACUGUCGAGGCUGCAUCUUCAUCCGGCUCUUCAUCGUCAGCUUUGCACAAUGAAGUUCCAGCGACCAAAAUGGAUAUUAUGGAGGAUUCCGAUCUUUCAACUCCUCUCAUUCAAUAUUCCCAAUAUUGUCAUCUCUUGGACGAGAGCACCCUCAAAUCAGACUCGCCUAUUCAUAGAUCAUCAUCGAGAUGUCGAGCUUCGAGUUGUACGGCUCUCAGCCCAGCCCGCGAGCAACCUUCCAAGGAAUGUUGCUCUGCGCUAUCUGGUAAUUCCAGUCCUAUUUUGGUUAAACAACAUCGAAUAUCUAGCUGCUACGCUUCUAUUCCUUCUAGUAGUAGCAAGAGUUUAUACGGGGAAAAUGAUUCUCGCCUAUCAGGAGAUUGUAGCUUCACGACUGGAUCUUCAACGCCUCUUGCCCCUAAGCAGCAGAUAUUUGCAAGCUAUACAGCUGAAAGCUCAUCAGUUAGUCGAAAAAGCUCGUCGUCGAUGGGUCAUUUGAUGGAAGAUGGAUGCCUGCUUUCUGGAGCCGCCAGUCCUAUCAAGCAGCAUCGUGUUGCAAGCUGCGGUGACAAUGUCGGUGGCCAGAAUUAUAUCAAUACAAAGAACAAUUUCGGGAAUGGCUAUAUUUCAUCCGGGUCGACAACUCCAAAACCACGUCAGCAUAGGGCAGUAAGCUGCAUCGCCUCUAGCGCUAUUUCCGAAUGCGAGGAGCAUUUGUUUGAUGAUUGCGAGUUCGACUCUAAAAUCGCUAGCCCACUUCUACAACACAAUCUCGCAGGCUGCGAUACAACUUCAGUGUCAGCAAAAGAACAAGGACAUUUGUUAACGGUAUUUGAGGAAGAGCAGCAACACUUGUUAGAGGAUUGUGCGGCAGACUCUAGCCCUUCCAGUCCACUCCGACAGCAUCGUAUAGCAAGUUGUGUCAUUUCUAGUCCUUCGAGUAACAGAAGUUCCGUGGUGAAACAGCACAGAGUUGCUAGCUGUCCUGAUAUCAUACUAAAUGAGGGUAGUGGGGCACAAAGAUUAUCACCUGAUUCUCAUCACCUUCCUCGUGAUAUCCUUGUCGACGCCAGUGAAAAUGAUCAAUCAACUCACACGAACUACGAAGAUUGUCUACACACUCUGGAUGAAUGUAUUACUCCAGCCGAUAGAGCCAAAAUGGAAGCUAAUGCCAGUCGGGCUACAGAAUAUAAAAAGUAUAGCAUGAAAAUUGCUAACCAUUUCAAUGACCAAGCCACUGGGCUCAAUGAGAAAUCCGCUGAAGGGGAAGAAGUUCGAAGACCUAGACUCAACGAUUUUGCUUCACACGAAAGCGAUGCUCAAUUUACGCUUGCUCAAGUCCUUUCCUUAGAUCAAGAAAAUCCCAUGAUCAGUGUUACUCGAAUAGAUGGAGAUGGAACCAGGAGCAUAGCUAGUCGAGGCAGCGUUGCACCUCCCGUCCCAUUUCCAUCUCCCGCCGCACCUUAUCCUUCGCCUAUCACUCCCUUCCACAUUUCUGGCGCUUACCCUCCAUCCAUCCCAUCUUUAAGCAAUAAGAAAGAUAAAAGAAGAAUUCCUUCAGAACAAAGUUCUGCUGGAAGUGGAUUUGCUAGUUAUUUUGGAUUCGGCAACACGAAAAAAGCACCGGGUUUGUGAGUGGCUACUUGAAAAUAAGAUCGUGUGAAGAACUCUGGGCCGCUGACAUGCUUAUAAGAGUCAUUGGCAUCGGUGGUAGUAGAAGAAAAGUAAUUCGGAGUAGGGUUAGGGUUAGGUGUACGGGUGUGGGAAUCGUGGAGCCCGUGUCGAUGGAAGAAUUGGAGUUGGAGGAAAUUUUAUUAUAGAGGUGGAUUUUGGGAUUUUGGGUUGUGGGAUUGUAGGGUGGGAGACAGGUAUGGCAUCUUGUUAUUGGGCGGGGUAGAAGGUGUGAUUAUUGUUAUUGGGCUGCAGCCUGGGGGGUGUAUGUUAUAUUCAUUCCAUUACGUUCUUUAUGAGGGGUUUUCUGUUUUUAAAGGUCUGUCUGUAACUUAGUCUUUUAGUUUAAUAGAUGGGUUUGGAGAUGAGUUUGAUGAUGAGCCUUAAGACGAGCAGAGGAUGAAAUUAAUAUAUUUUU